AUAGUAAUUCCCAAUCUCUCUAAUGCCGGCCUUCUACUUUCCACAUACAUAUUGGUUGGGCUCUUCCCUAAUGAUCGAGAGACCCUCCCAUUGGUUGAGAGAAUCAGAGAAGGUUUCCAACGAGUGUGAUUAGUCACUGAUUAGUGAUUACUAAUUACUUGAGUCAUUUCCACAUCUUGAAGUUUUUCAAAGCGUUGAUUAGUACUUCGCACCCCCUAACUGGUAAAACACUCAACCCACUUUACCCUUUUUCCCACGACUCCUUCUACUUCGUACUUUUGAUCGUUUAUCCCAUCUUAUUAGUGUUUAGAAGCAAUAUAAUCCUCAAAAUCCUGAUUUCUUGACUACCCAUUUGAGAUUGGGUCUCAAUUCUUUACCAGCUUUGACCAAUUUUGGGUCUCAAUUCUUGAAAACGGAUAUUGGCGAAAACCCAACCCAAGUGUUUUCAGGCGCUUUGGUUUACGGGUUUUGCUGUUUGUCUCUACGUCAUUGAGGUUGUUGAUUUGGUUGACAGCAAGAGAGAGCUUCAGUUCAGUUUUCAAUCACGCUCUGAAGAACAUAUUUUUGGGAUCUGUGGAUGCUGUAACUACAACUUCCAUGAAACAUUGUUGAUACCUUAUGUGGUCUUGAUUUAUGGCUUUGAACAAUAAACCCCGACUCAAAGAUGCGGCGUUUCGCCGUUUCUUAUCUUUGGUUUUGAUUACUUUGUUUGGGGUUGUUCUGCUCGUUUUUCUCCUUCAGACAAACACAACUUCCAAUCUAGUGACUGAAUAUUCGAACGAAAGUGAUCUGGAUUUUGAGCUGACUUACAACUACACCCAAUUUAGAAGAUUACUCAACGUCCCCAACCAGAGUGGAUUGUCAAUUUUGUUGGAGAAGCGAAAUCAGUUGCCUCCAAGAAAUCUGGAUUUAUUUCCAAAGCUAGCCAAUGAUCAUAUAACAAUUGUUCUAUAUGUCCACAAUCGCCCUCAAUAUCUCCAAGUAGUUGUUGAGAGUCUUUCUAAAGUAGUUGGGAUUGGUGAAACCCUAUUGAUAGUUAGUCAUGAUGGGUACUUUCAAGAGAUGAACAAGAUUGUGGAAGGUAUUAGAUUUUGUCAAGUGAAACAAAUAUUUGCCCCAUACUCACCCCACGUCUUCCAAAAAAGCUUUCCGGGUGUCUCACCAUUAGAUUGCAAGGAUAAGGAAGAUGCAGUUAAGAAAAAUUGUACAGGGAAUCCGGAUCAAUAUGGAAACCACAGGUCACCAAAGAUUGUUUCAUUAAAGCAUCACUGGUGGUGGAUGAUGAACACGGUGUGGGAUGGGUUAAUGGAGACUCAUAAGCAUUCAGGCCAUAUUCUUUUCAUAGAAGAGGACCACUUCAUUUUUCCCAAUGCUUAUCGCAAUUUACAGUCACUUACGGCUCUGAAGCCUAAAAAAUGUCCUAAUUGCUAUGCAGCGAAUUUGGCACCGUGCGAUGUGAAAUCAAGGGGAGAGGGUUGGGACAGUUUAAUCGCAGAGAGAAUGGGUAACGUGGGUUAUGCCUUUAAUCGGACCGUUUGGAGGAAGAUACGUACAAAGGCAAGAGAGUUUUGUUUCUUUGAUGAUUACAACUGGGAUAUAACAAUGUGGGCAACGGUUUAUCCUUCGUUUGGUGGUCCUGUUUACUCGCUACGAGGUCCCAGGACAAGUGCUGUUCACUUUGGGAAAUGUGGUUUGCAUCAGGGACAGGGGAACAAAGAGUCUUGCAUUGACAAAGGUUUGGUGAACAUCGAAGUACCAGAGAUUGACAAGGGUGGCAAUAUCAAUUCAGAAUGGGGAGUGCAGGUUCUUCAGCAUCAAGGAGGAUAUCAAGCUGGGUUUAAGGGUUGGGGAGGCUGGGGAGAUUUGCGGGACCGUGAACUGUGCUUGGAAUUUGCUAACAUGUACCACCUUAGACACGGAACAUCAUCUUAAAGAGACUAUGCCCCAUUUUGGAUUUCCUAUUAUUUUUACUUGUAAGGCAUGGAUUUUAUUUUCUUUUGAGUUACCUAGUAGGAAUAUUGGUUGCUUUAUUUUAUGCAAUAUAUCUCAUAUUGGAUCCUGUUUUUGAGCUCCAGGCGUAGCGGGUGGUCAGCCUUUAGCUAUUCACAGAUUCGGUAUGUUUCAGUGGAUUAGAACUCUAUUUGGCAUGUACCAGUCAUGAUAAUUUUGUGUAAUUGCUUACGGAAGAUACGAACUUAUUAUACUUUUGGAUAUGGGGGAAGAGUGUUUUUUCUCUUCCUGACCAAUUACCUCAUAUAGAAACAGGUUAAAGUUACAGGUUCA